AUGGAACAAGAAAUCAACCAAAUCAUCUCCUUUCUACGGCGCCCCUUGAAAUCGCUCGGUUUCGAUGUGAUCGAUCCAAACUGGAAGGUGACGCCGCUGACAAUGUUCACGAUUGCCAUGUUUGCCUUGCAACACUACACCAGCUACUUGUAUUUAUCUACCCAUCUGGAUAUGUUCGAUAUGUUCACCGAAUGCUUUUCCACAUCGGCCGUCGCGCUGGAGAUAGCGAUCCGGAUGGGCCUGCUGGUGCACCAACGCGAGCUGCGGAACGAAACGAUCGAAAUCAUACGCCAACAACACAAAAUGUUUGGAAACAGUGCUGCGAUCAGGAAGGUUACGGCACGGUUCCACAAGCUGAUAUCCGUGACACUGCACGCACUUGCCGCAUGCUACAUGUCGACGAUGAUGUUCGAGCUGAUCCCGAUCGUGUCUCCCAAUCCGAGAAAGAGCAAUCUUCCACUUCCGAUGUACCUGCCGUACAUGCCGCAUGAUGUGACGCCCUACUGGCACCUGAACUAUACCUUCAUCACGGUCAUGAACCUCAUGUGUAUACUGUUUCUGGUCGGCAUUGACGGGCUGCUGGUGCUGUCCAUUCUGGCUGCUGUACACCAAAUCAAGCUGCUAAAGAUAACCAUCCAGGAGCUGGACAUCGGUGCGGAGCAGGCGGACCUUCACCGGGAGCUAGUACGCAUUAUUCAGAUACAUCAACGCAUUCAGCAGUUCAUCCACCAGCUAGAAAAAACGUACUACAUCGAUCUGUUGGUGGACUUUGGUCUUGUUUGUCUGAUUCUGUGCAUGGGACUGAACGUGAUCGCCGACGAAGUAAUCAAUGCUAUCUGGUUCUUUCUGAUUGCGGUCGUGUUUCAGCUAUCUUUGCUAUGCUUCAGUGGCAAUCUACUGCUGAUCGAGAGCGACUCACUGUCGAGCUGUGUGUACUCGAUCGAUUGGCACGCGAUGCCGGUGCCGGAGCAGAAGCUGCUCAUGGUUAUGAUCGCGCACUCACAAAAGCCCCAGGUGCUGAGAGGCAUCUUUAUGCCACUGAUCAUGUCUAGCUUCCUGUCGGUAAUUAAAGCCAGCUACUCCUAUUUUACACUGUUGCAUUAA